UUCAGUGGCAUUUUACCGGUCGGUGAAGUAAGACGAUAAAGAGCAGUGACUUUAUCGUGUGUUGUGUCGAUUCUAUUGUGUGUAUUUCACCCCGCUCGCCACCGUCACCCCUCUUUUGACGACCAUGGCGCUCGUGGAAUUGUUUUUGCUGCUCGCGAUUAUUGGCGUGUUGCUGUACAAAUGGACGGUUUCGAGUUUCGGCUUCUUUAGAGGUCGGGGCGUGGCACAUUUGCCGCCUAAGCCGCUGCUUGGAAAUACACCGCUGUCAGUGCUAAUGGGAAAUGGUUCCUAUCUGAAGCAUAGCCUGGAAUUGCAUCAGCAGCUGAAGCAGAACAAAAUCUACGGUGUCUACAAUCUAAGCGAGCCGCUUUACUAUCUCGCUGAUCCAGAACUGAUACGACAGGUGGGCAUCAAGCAUUUCGAUAACUUUACAAAUCACCGCAAAGGCAUUACGGAUGAGAAUGCCACCGGCAACGAUUCGGUUAUAUCGAAAUCUUUGCUCUCCCUGAGAGAUCGUCGCUGGAAGCAUAUGCGUCAGACAUUGACGCCCGCAUUCACUGGCGUCAAGAUUCGCCUUAUGUUUGAAUUGAUCAAUGCCUGCAAUGUGGAAGCUGUGAACUAUGUGGAGCGCCAACUGAAGCAGGAGAACAACGAGGGCGUGGAACUGGAGAUGAAGGAGUUCUUCACGCGCUACACCAACGAUGUGAUUGCCACAGCCGCCUUUGGCAUCAAGGUCAAUAGUUUUGUGGAUCAGCAGAACGAGUUCUUUACCCUGGGACAACGCGUCUUGCAGUUCAGCUUUUGGGGUGGUCUCAAGGUCAUGCUCUACAUUCUGCUCCCACGUUUGAUGAAGGCGCUGCGAGUACAAGUUAUGGACAUGAACAAUGUGGCUUACUUUAAGAGUCUGGUAUUUGGCGCCAUGAAGGAACGCAAAGAGCGGAAUAUUGUGCGUCCGGAUAUGAUACAACAGCUAAUGGAGGCACAGCGUUUGUUCAAGGAACAGGAGGCGAGGCCAGAGGGAAUACAAGCCGAUGCAGCUGAGUUCAAUGAUGAGGAUGUGUUGGCACAGUGCCUGUUAUUCUUUUCGGCUGGCUUCGAGACUGUCUCCACCUGCUUGUGCUUCACCACCUACGAGCUUUUGAUGAAUCCCGAAGUGCAGCAGAAGCUGUACGAGGAGAUCGAGGAAGUGCAGCAGAAGCUGGGUGGCAAACCUCUUGACUAUGACAGUCUGAUGGGCAUGAAGUAUUUGGACUGUGUGAUCUCAGAGUCGCUGCGCAAGUGGCCACCAGCCAUCGUUGUUGAUCGCAUGUGUGGUGCGGACUUUGAACUGCGUGACGAGCAGGACGAGCUGAUGGUGAAGCUGCGUAAGGACGAACUGGUGCACAUACCCAUUGUGGCACUGCAUCACGAUCCGGAUAACUUUGAAGAGCCCGAAGAGUUUCGCCCAGAGCGAUUCGAUGAUGAGCACAAGCAUGAGAUUCGCCCAUUUACGUAUCUGCCCUUUGGCAUUGGUCAACGCAGUUGCAUUGGCAAUCGCAUGGCUCUAAUGGAAGUGAAAUCGCUCAUUUACCAGCUGGUGCUCAGGUUUCAGCUGCUUCCAGGAGAACGCACAACGCAGGACAUGUUGAGCAGCAUUGUUGGCUUUCGAUUAGAGCCUCGUGAGCUGUUCUGGUGUCGCUUUGAGCCAAGGAAAGCUGCUGACAGCCAAACUAAGUAAAUUAAUUAGCCAUAGUUUCUCGGCUGCCUAUGAACUCAAUGCUAAUGACACAAGCUUAGAGUGUGGCAAGCUAUCAGCUUACUAUAUGUAUAAUAGUUACUUUAUAAUACAAUUAAUUGCGCUUAUUCCUGAUUGUUUCUUAAUUGUUUAAUAAAAAUAAAAUUAUAAAAUGAA